AUGGUCCGGUUCCCCACCCUAGACCCGGUCGAUCCGGUUCCCUUCCCGGAUGAUCCGGUUCCCCGUCCGGAUGGUCCGGUUGAUCCGGUUCCCGACCCGGUACCCCACCCGGAUGGUCCGGCUGGUCCGACUCCCCGCACGGUCGAUUUGGCACCCCACCCGGACCACCCGGAUGAUCCGGUUCCCCGUCCGGAUGGUCCGGCUGAUCCGACCCGGUCGAUCCGGUUCCCGACUCGGGUGAUCCGGUUCCCCGUCCGGAUCACUACCCGUUUUGGUCCGGUUUCCCACCCGGUACCGCACCCGGUUGGUCCGGUUGGUCCGCUUCCCCACCCGGACCACCCGGAUCAUCCGGUUCCCCGUCCGGAUGGUCCGGUUGACCCGGCUCCCGACCCGGAACCGCACCGGGUUCCCCACCCGGUUGGUCCGAUUUCCCACCCGGUCGAUUCGGCUCCCCACCCGGACGGUCCGAUUGGUCCGGUUCCCCAACCGGAUGGUCGGGUUGAUCCGGUUCCCGACCCGGUUCCCCACCCGGAUGGUCCGGUUGGUCCGGUUCCCCACCCGGUUGGUCCGAUUUCCCACCCGGUCGAUUCGGCUCCCCACCCGGACGGUCCGAUUGGUCCGGCUCCCCAACCGGAUGGUCGGGUUGAUCCGGUUCCCGACCCGGUUCCCCACCCGGAUGGUCCGGCUGGUCCGGUUCCCCACCCGGUUGGUCCGAUUUCCCACCCGGUCGAUUCGGCUCCCCACCCGGACGGUCCGAUUGGUCCGGCUCCCCAACCGGAUGGUCGGGCUGAUCCGGUUCCCGACCCGGUUCCCCACCCGGAUGGUCCGGUUGGUCCGGUUCCCCACCCGGAUGACCCGGUCGAUCCGGAUCCCCACCCGGAUGACCCGGAUGGUCCGGUUCCCCGCCCGGUACCCUACCCGGCUGGUCCGUUUCCCCACCCGGUUCCCCAUCGGGCUUGCCCGGCUGAUCCGGUUCCCCACCCGGUACCCGACCCGGUUCCCCACCCGGAUGACCCGGUCGGUCCGGUACCCGACCCGGUACCGGACCCGGCUCCCCACCCGGACGGUCCGGCUUCCUACCCUAGACCCGGUCGAUCCGAUCAGGUUCCCUUCCCGGAUGACCCGGAUGAUCCGGUUCCCCGGUCGGAUGGUCCGGUCGAUCCGGUUCCCGACCCGGUACCCCACUCGGUUGGUCCGACUCCCGACACGGUCGGUUCGGCACCCCAUGCGGAUGAUCCGGAUGAUCCGGUUCCCCAUCCGGUUGGUCCGGUGGAUCCGGUUCCCGGUCCGGUACCCGACCCGGUUCCCCACCCGGAUGGUCCCGCUUCCUACACUAGACCCGGUCGAUCCGGUUCCCGACCCGACCCGGUCGAUCCGGUUCCCGACCCGGUACCCGACCCGGUUCCCCACCCGGAUGAUCCGGUUCCCUUCCCGGAUGACCCGGAUGAUCCGGUUCCCCGGUCGGAUGGUCCGGUCGAUCCGGUUCCCGACCCGGUGCCCCACCCGGUUGGUCCGACUCCCGACACGGCCGGUUCGGCACCCCAUGCGAAUGAUCCGGAUGAUCCGGUUCCCCAUCCGGUUGGUCCGGUGGAUCCGGUUCCCGGUCCGGUACCCGACCCGGUUCCCCACCCGGAUGGUCCGGCUUCCUACCCUAGAUCCGGUCGGUCCGAUCAGGUUCCCUUCCCGGAUGACCCGGAUGAUCCGGUUCCCCGGUCGGAUGGUCCGGUCGAUCCGGUUCCCGACCCGGUACCCCACCCGGUUGGUCCGACUCCCGACACGGUCGGUUCGGCACCCCAUGCGGAUGAUCCGGAUGAUCCGGUUCCCCAUCCGGUUGGUCCGGUGGAUCCGGUUCCCGGUCCGACCCGGUCGAUCCGGUUCCCGACCCGGUACCCGACCCGGUUCCCCACCCGUAUGGUCCGGCUUCCUACCCUAGACCCGGUCGGUCCGGUUCCCUUCCCGGAUGACCCGAAUGAUCCGGUUCCCCGGCCGGAUGGUCCGGUUGAUCCGGUACCGGAUCCGGUACCCCACCCGGCUGGCCCGGUUGGUCCGACUCCCCACACGGUCGGUUCGGCACCGCGGUUCCCCAUCCGGAUGGUCCGGUCGAUCCGCCGGUACCCGACCCGGUUCCCCACCCGGAUGGUCCCGCUCCCUACCCUAGAUCCGGUCGAUCCGGUUCCCGACCCGGUACCCGACCCGGUUCCCCACCCGGAUGAUCCGGUUCCCUUCCCGGAUGACCCGGAUGAUCCGGUUCCCCGGUCGGAUGGUCUGGUCGAUCCGGUUCCCGACCCGGUACCCCACCCGGUUGGUCCGACUCCCGACACGGUCGGUUCGGCACCCCAUGCGGAUGAUCCGGAUGAUCCGGUUCCCCAUCCGGUUGGUCCAGUGGAUCCGGUUCCCAGUCCGACCCGGUCGAUCCGGUUCCCGACACGGUACCGGACCCGGUUCCCCACCCGGAUGGUCCUGUUCCCUAACAUAGAUCCGGUUCCCUUCCCGGAUGACCCGGAUGAUCCGGUUCCCCGGUCGGAUGGUCCGGUCGAUCCGGUUCCCGACCCGGUACCCCACCCGGUUGGUCCGACUCCCGACACGGUCGGUUCGGCACCCCAUGCGGAUGAUCCGGAUGAUCCGGUUCCCCAUCCGGUUGGUCCGGUGGAUCCGGUUCCCGGUCCGGUACCCGGCCCGGUUCCCCACCCGGAUGACCCGAUCGAUCCGGUUCCCGACCCGGUACCGGACCCGGUUCCCCACCCGGAUGGUCCGGCUUCCUACCCUAGACCCGGUCGGUCCGAUCCGGUUCCCUUCCCGGAUGACCCGGAUGAUCCGGUUCCCCGGUCGGAUGGUCCGGUCGAUCCGGUUCCCGACCCGGUACCCCACCCGGUUGGUCCGACUCCCGACACGGUCGGUUCGGCACCCCAUGCGGAUGAUCCGGAUGAUCCGGUUCCCCAUCCGGUUGGUCCGGUGGAUCCGGUUCCCGGUCCGGUACCCGACCCGGUUCCCCACCCGGAUGACCCGAUCGAUCCGGUUCCCGACCCGGUACCCGACCCGGUUCCCCACCCGGAUGGUCCGGGUUCCUACCCUAGACCCGGUCGGUCCGAUCCGGUUCCCUUCCCGGAUGACCCGGAUGAUCCGGUUCCCCGGUCGGAUGGUCCGGUCGAUCCGGUUCCCGACCCGGUACCCCACCCGGUUGGUCCGACUCCCGACACGGUCGGUUCGGCACCCCAUGCGGAUGAUCCGGAUGAUCCGGUUCCCCAUCCGGUUGGUCCGGUGGAUCCGGUUCCCGGUCCGGUACCCGACCCGGUUCCCCACCCGGAUGGUCCCGCUUCCUACACUAGACCCGGUCGAUCCGGUUCCCGACCCGACCCGGUCGAUCCGGUUCCCGACCCGGUACCCGACCCGGUUCCCCACCCGGAUGACCCGGUCGGUCCGGUACCCGACCCGGUACCGGACCCGGCUCCCCACCCGGACGGUCCGGCUUCCUACCCUAGACCCGGUCGAUCCGAUCAGGUUCCCUUCCCGGAUGACCCGGAUGAUCCGGUUCCCCGGUCGGAUGGUCCGGUCGAUCCGGUUCCCGACCCGGUACCCCACUCGGUUGGUCCGACUCCCGACACGGUCGGUUCGGCACACCAUGCGGAUGAUCCGGAUGAUCCGGUUCCCCAUCCGGUUGGUCCGGUGGAUCCGGUUCCCGGUCCGGUACCCGACCCGGUUCCCCACCCGGAUGGUCCCGCUUCCUACACUAGACCCGGUCGAUCCGGUUCCCGACCCGACCCGGUCGAUCCGGUUCCCGACCCGGUACCCGACCCGGUUCCCCACCCGGAUGAUCCGGUUCCCUUCCCGGAUGACCCGGAUGAUCCGGUUCCCCGGUCGGAUGGUCCGGUCGAUCCGGUUCCCGACCCGGUGCCCCACCCGGUUGGUCCGACUCCCGACACGGCCGGUUCGGCACCCCAUGCGAAUGAUCCGGAUGAUCCGGUUCCCCAUCCGGUUGGUCCGGUGGAUCCGGUUCCCGGUCCGGUACCCGACCCGGUUCCCCACCCGGAUGGUCCGGCUUCCUACCCUAGAUCCGGUCGGUCCGAUCAGGUUCCCUUCCCGGAUGACCCGGAUGAUCCGGUUCCCCGGUCGGAUGGUCCGGUCGAUCCGGUUCCCGACCCGGUACCCCACCCGGUUGGUCCGACUCCCGACACGGUCGGUUCGGCACCCCAUGCGGAUGAUCCGGAUGAUCCGGUUCCCCAUCCGGUUGGUCCGGUGGAUCCGGUUCCCGGUCCGACCCGGUCGAUCCGGUUCCCGACCCGGUACCCGACCCGGUUCCCCACCCGUAUGGUCCGGCUUCCUACCCUAGACCCGGUCGGUCCGGUUCCCUUCCCGGAUGACCCGAAUGAUCCGGUUCCCCGGCCGGAUGGUCCGGUUGAUCCGGUACCGGAUCCGGUACCCCACCCGGCUGGCCCGGUUGGUCCGACUCCCCACACGGUCGGUUCGGCACCCCGGUUCCCCAUCCGGAUGGUCCGGUCGAUCCGCCGGUACCCGACCCGGUUCCCCACCCGGAUGGUCCCGCUCCCUACCCUAGAUCCGGUCGAUCCGGUUCCCGACCCGGUACCCGACCCGGUUCCCCACCCGGAUGAUCCGGUUCCCUUCCCGGAUGACCCGGAUGAUCCGGUUCCCCGGUCGGAUGGUCUGGUCGAUCCGGUUCCCGACCCGGUACCCCACCCGGUUGGUCCGACUCCCGACACGGUCGGUUCGGCACCCCAUGCGGAUGAUCCGGAUGAUCCGGUUCCCCAUCCGGUUGGUCCAGUGGAUCCGGUUCCCAGUCCGACCCGGUCGAUCCGGUUCCCGACACGGUACCGGACCCGGUUCCCCACCCGGAUGGUCCGGUUCCCUAACAUAGAUCCGGUUCCCUUCCCGGAUGACCCGGAUGAUCCGGUUCCCCGGUCGGAUGGUCCGGUCGAUCCGGUUCCCGACCCGGUACCCCACCCGGUUGGUCCGACUCCCGACACGGUCGGUUCGGCACCCCAUGCGGAUGAUCCGGAUGAUCCGGUUCCCCAUCCGGUUGGUCCGGUGGAUCCGGUUCCCGGUCCGGUACCCGGCCCGGUUCCCCACCCGGAUGACCCGAUCGAUCCGGUUCCCGACCCGGUACCGGACCCGGUUCCCCACCCGGAUGGUCCGGCUUCCUACCCUAGACCCGGUCGGUCCGAUCCGGUUCCCUUCCCGGAUGACCCGGAUGAUCCGGUUCCCCGGUCGGAUGGUCCGGUCGAUCCGGUUCCCGACCCGGUACCCCACCCGGUUGGUCCGACUCCCGACACGGUCGGUUCGGCACCCCAUGCGGAUGAUCCGGAUGAUCCGGUUCCCCAUCCGGUUGGUCCAGUGGAUCCGGUUCCCAGUCCGACCCGGUCGAUCCGGUUCCCGACACGGUACCGGACCCGGUUCCCCACCCGGAUGGUCCGGUUCCCUAACAUAGAUCCGGUUCCCUUCCCGGAUGACCCGGAUGAUCCGGUUCCCCGGUCGGAUGGUCCGGUCGAUCCGGUUCCCGACCCGGUACCCCACCCGGUUGGUCCGACUCCCGACACGGUCGGUUCGGCACCCCAUGCGGAUGAUCCGGAUGAUCCGGUUCCCCAUCCGGUUGGUCCGGUGGAUCCGGUUCCCGGUCCGACCCGAUCGAUCCGGUUCCCGACCCGGUACCCGACCCGGUUCCCCACCCGGAUGGUCCGGUUCCCUAACCUAGAUCUGGUUCCCUUCCCGGAUGACCCGGAUGAUCCGGUUUCCCGGUCGGAUGGUCCGGUCGAUCCGGUUCCCGACCCGGUACCCCACCCGGUUGGUCCGACUCCCGACACGGUCGGUUCGGCACCCCAUGCGGAUGAUCCGGAUGAUCCGGUUCCCCAUCCGGUUGGUCCGGUCGAUCCGGUUCCCGACCCGACCCGGUCGAUCCGGUUCCCCACCCGGAUGGUCCGGCUUCCUACCCUAGACCCGGUCGAUCCGGUUCCCGACCCGGUACCGGACCCGGUUCCCCACCCGGAUGGUCCGGUUCCCUAA